AUGCAGGGCUUCAACCGAUACAUUCCGCCAGACUAUGAUCCCAAACAACACUCGACACUAAACAGCUACCAGGGCAAGAAACAUGCCCUUGGUAACCGCGCGUCCAAGAUUGACGAGGGCAUCCUCGUCGUCCGCUUCGAGCUGCCGUUCAACAUCUGGUGCGGAACGUGUAACAACCACAUCGGUGCGGGUGUGCGAUACAAUGCCCAGAAGAGCAAGGUCGGCAAGUACUUUUCGACGCCCAUCUUUGCCUUUCGGUGUAAAUGCCAUCUGUGCUCGGGCUGGUUUGAGAUCCGCACCGACCCCCAAAACUCGCGCUACGUCGUCACCGAGGGAGCCAGGCAAAAGCAAGAAGACUGGGACCCCGAAAAGGAAGGCGGCCACGCCGUGUUCGAUACCGAGGCGCCGAAACCGUCCGAGACCGAGGUGGACGCCUUUGAGGCCUUGGAGAAGGAUACAGACCAGCAGGCGGUAGUGCGCCUCAAGAGGAAUCGACUGGAUGAGCUGGAGGAGGCGAGCGCGCGCCAAAGCGCGGACCCGUACGCCGUGUCCAGGGCUCUGAGGACCAAGUUUCGCGCCGAGAAGAAGGAGGCGCUGGCGAAGCAAGUCGCUGAUGGCGAGAUCCGCGAACGAUACGGCUUGGCAGACGACAUUGAGCUUGGCGACGCGCAGGUGGAUAAGGGCAGUGAGUGGUGGGCUGCUGCGCGCGAGAGACGCGGGUUGCCGGUGGAAGAGAAGAAACCCGAGGACCUGGGCAAAACGAUCAGGAAGAACACGUCCAGGCGGUAUGAUGUGUUCGAUGCCGAACCCGUACAGCGGGUCAGGCUCAAGCGCAAGGUUGUGGAGGACGAGGCGGAGGUCAAAGUGGUUAGAGCCAAGCCUGCUGCGCCGCCUCCGGCACCGACAGCGGCUGUGGGCCUUGGCGGACUCGCUGGUUACGGCAGCGAUAGCGAUAGCGAGUAG